CUCUCCGGAAGCCACAGGGGAAGGACGUACUGCGCCGCGCUACCCACGCCUUCACUCGUGUCAUUGUUUACACUCGGAUUUCAAUAGUUUUCGUUCAGUGUUUGAAUUAUUUAUUUUUUUUUUUGUUUUAUUAUUUUUUUUAUUGUGUCUUCCUGAUGUCGCCGCGUCCUUGGCUGGGAUGAUGAUGGACAAAGUGAAUGGCGUCACCAUGAAGAGAAAUAUUCAUUAGUCUCUCUCUCUCUCUCUCUCUCUCUCUCUCUCUCUCUCUCUCUCUCUCUCUCUCUCUCUCUCUCUCUCUCUCUCUCUCUCUCUCUCUCUAGGAUGGAGGCACUUUCCUCCAACCCUCACCUCUCCACGGGCUUCUCAUCCCCGGCCCCUCCCCCAGAUGACGACACCCCCCACCUGUACCCCACGAACACCACCACCCCCGCCUCCCUCGGGUACCUGCGGGAGGCCCCCUGGGUACUGCCCCUCCUGGCUGCCUCUGCUACCAAUGCCGCUGCUAUUGUUGCAUAUGAGGUGUACGUAAUUGUGAGGGCCAUUCACGGGACGCCCUCCAGAAGGCACUUGUUCCUGGGGCAGUCGCUCAUGAUGGGCCUCCUGCUUGCCUCUCUCGCUGGUGUUCCCGUGGCCCUCUCCCCCACCCCCUCACCUGCGCCGCUACCAGGCUGCUGACGGGGGUGUCCGGCGCCCUGGUGUUCGGGGCCCUGCUGGUGAAGUGUGUCUUUCUUAUCUCCAUCAACUCUGGCGUGUACCUCCCCGCCCACUACCAGGCCCUGCUGCUCUUCUUCAUCGUGUUGGUGCAGAUCACCAUCAACCUUCAGUGGCAGUGGUCACAGCCAGCGGGGGUGAUGGUGGUGCGAGAUGCGGGGGUCGCAGCGGGUGGGGCGGGGCUCCUUCACCUCUCCUGCGCCGCCUCCUACAGACAGCUCCUCCUCUCCCUUAUCUACGUGAUUCUGCUGCUGGUGGUUGUGGCGGCCAUGGCUGUGAAGUGUCGCAGCAUUAGGGAGAACUAUAGAGAGGCUGCGUACAUUGGUGCCGCCUUGUGUCUGGUCCUCCCGCUGUGGCUGGCGUGGUGUCUGGCUGGACUGGUGCUCCCUUCGUCUCUGCAGCCAGCUUGUCUCGGGUUUGGCGUGGUGGCGACUGCAACUAUUGUCUUUGUGGUGAUGUUUGUGCCCAAGGGACGCCAGCUGGCCGCCAUGGGGAAGGAGGGGGUCUACGAGGAGGACCAAGAGGACCACCUAUCAACAAUUUCAGGGGGCGCCCGCUACUCCCCCUCCUUCUUCCACUUCAAGCCAGUCAAAACCCCCAAAGACUUCCUGCAACCCACUUCUGUGUACAAGACGCGCCUACAUGCACCCACUAUUCCAGAAUGCCUCCUCCCCUCACUCCCCCCACCUUCCCAUUCCCCCUCCCCCUCCUCCUCUCCCCCACCACCCCUCACCUCCCCCACCUCCACCACCACCACCACCACCGCCUCCCUCCCCCACCCGUUUAUAUGUAUUGGGCACCUCCACCUCCACCACCACCACCACCACUACCACCACUACUACCACUACCACCCCCACCACUACUACUACCAACACCAGUGGUAUGCAGGUGCAGAUCGUGGCUGUGGAGGCGUGGCGGAAGAGGGCGUGUACUCCACCAUUGACACGCCCGCGCAACACUCCCAACAGUACACGCCCGCUUCCACCAACCCUAACUUCUAUCUCUUCCGCUCCCACGCCCACGCCGGCAUGAUGUACUGACGCGGCGGUGGUGGUGGUGGUAGGGAUAGUAGUAGUAGUAGUAGUAGUAGGAGGAGGAGGAGGAGGAAGAGGAGGAGAAGUACGGUAGUAGUAGUAGUAGUAGUAGUAGUAGUAGUAGUAGUAGUAAUAGUAGUAGUAGUAGUAGUAGUAGUAGUAAGAGUAGUAGUAAUAGUAGCAGUGGUGAGAGGAGGCGGGAAGGAAGGCGCGAAAAAGAAGCA